AUGGGAAUUACUGGUCUUUUACCGUUUGUGAAGAAUGCCUGUCGAAAAGGAAAUAUUCUAGAAUUGCGCGGAAAAUCCGUCGCCAUCGACGUGAGUUGUCUUCUACAUCGUGGAUUGACUGGAUGUAUGGAUAAGAUUCAUAUGGGUGAAGAGACGAAAAGUUAUAUUAAUUAUGUCGAUAAAUAUGUGAAAGAGCUGUUGGCGAUGGGAUGCCACGUGGUUAUGGUGUUCGAUGGGAGACCGUUGCCGGCGAAAAAGGGCACAAACGACGAUCGUCGUGAGCAACGAGAGAAACGAAAAGAGCAAGCGGAGAUGCUUCUAGCAAAAGGAAAAGAGCGUGAAGCACGUGAUACAUAUCGUCUCGCGACGAGUAUUUCCACUGAAAUCGUCCAGAAAACUAUCGAAUUCUUCCGAAAACUCCCGAAUGUCGAUAUCGUCGUCGCACCGUAUGAAGCGGAUGCUCAGUUGGCGUAUUUGAUGGAAUCGAAACUAGUGGACGCUGUAAUUACAGAAGAUUCGGAUCUAAUUGUAUUCGGUUGUGAGAUGAUUUACUUCAAAUGGCAAUCGGCAACGGGAGAGUGUAGUGUUUAUCAAAAGUGCAAUUUGAAGAAGUGCUUCACCGGAGAGUUGGGAGGAGACAAAUUCGAUUUUUCGAAAUUUCGAAGGAUUUGUAUCCUGUCGGGAUGUGAUUAUUUGCAGUCAGGACUACCGGGCGUCGGUCUGAGUACAGCAGCCAAAUUCUUCUCGCUCACAUCGAUAAAAGACCUUCGGACAGUGCUUCGAAAAGUGCCAUCCUACUUGAAAAAUCCGAAAUUGAAGGAGCACGUGACGGAGGAGUUUAUCAGAAGUUUCGCCAGAGCAGAGAACACAUUCAAACAUCAAAUUGUAUUCGAUCCCAGGGAGAGAUGUCAUAAACCAUUGACACCGUAUCCCACUAGUGGAGGGGAUGGGGGGUUGGAUUGUGAUGAUUUGGAUGUUAUUGAUUUGGAGUCGCCGACGCCUUCUCCCGCUGAAAUUUCCACAAAAUUCGUCUACGCGGGCACACCAUCAACCCAACGAAUCGCUAUCCGUCUGGCACUCGGAAAUCCAUCAGAUGGGAAUUCAAUCGACGAUCGUUUCCUUCUGACUCAACCGAUACCCGAUUGGAGUGUUUGGGCGAUGAAAUACGAGAGUAAAGGGACUUCAAUCGAGAAGAUUCGGAAGAAAAAGGACGAGGAGGCGACUCAAUGCGGUGGAGCAUUCAAAUUGGACUCCCCAUCGGUGGUUCGACGUGUAAAAGUACCAAAAAAGGCGGAAAUCGAAGAGGAAGAUGAUAUUGUGAAACAGUUUAUGGCGGAUAUCGAAAAAGAGAAACAGGCGCUGUUGAAAAAGCGGAAAAACGCGCCCCAGACGGAUUAUAAUGCGGAAAAUGUGCUGAAAAAGUAUACAGAGGAACCGCCGGUGAAGAAGACGAGAGUCGAGGAAUCACUGAUUUCGCCACUUCUAUCCCAUCAGAAUUCAGCACCAGAAAAUUCCAAAUAUUUUGCGAAAAAGACGGAAAUUUUGGAGAAUGACCCGCCGAAAAGAAAGAAUCCAUUCCGAUGCCCGGCUUUCGUAAAACCGACACCAAAAAUUGAGGAAAUCGCGGAAAUUCCGAAGAAAACUACUAUAUUGGCUGCGCUAGAGGAUAAUGUAGUGGAAACCACGACUUCCUAUCGAUUUGUUGGAUUUAAAUCAGCGGGAUUGAGAAGAAAAUCAAAGAAUUAA